AUGGCCGACGGUAAGUCCUCGAGCAGUCAUGCACCCAAAUUGUCGCGUACGUCGCCUAACAUUAGUUUAAUUCCAGCAGAGAUUGAGUCCAUCAAACGUCUCCAGGCGGAGCGGAAUGGCAAAAAAGGUUCAAAAACCUUUGACAUGUCAAACCAGCGCACUGACGUAUCGACCAAGGCAUCUCUCACCGAAAGCUUCGAUACCACCUUGUACGAUCGUGCGGACGCCGAUAAAUAUGCAGGUUAUAAUACGUCCAUUGCUGUGGAUGGCAAAGAUGAGGACAUGGCUGAUGAUGAUGGCCAAAAUGGUCAUCGGCUGGUGGGGCAAUAUACUGCGACCUCUGACCAGAUGAAGGAGUUUGCUACUGGGAAAGGUGUUGAGGAAGAAGAUAUACUCCUGGCACGCGAAAAAACAUCCAGGAUUUCUGAGAGGGAAACUGAUUACCAGAAGCGACGCUUUGAUCGAGCCCUUUCACCCACACGAGCAGACCCUUUUGCUGCAGAUGGCCAGGCAAAUGGAGAGGCGGAGGGCGCAAGCUAUCGAGAUAUCAUGGCACUUCGGGAACUCGAGAAAGAAGAAGAACGCGUCAAGAAGUUAAUUAAAGAUAAACAGGCCAGUGAAGGUGCUAAUGGGUCAGUUGAGCAUGAGGCUACCCUGAAGCUGGAGGAAGCUGGCGGCGAUAAGGAUAAUGACGAGUCCGCCGCGGCCCCAACAAGGAAGAGGAAGAAGAGAUGGGAUGUAUCUUCGGAAGAAACUGCCAAGCCCAAUGAGCCUGAAUCCACUGAAGUAAAGCCCAAGCGGUCGAGGUGGGAUCAGACUCCUGCACCUGGAGGCCAGCCAGAGGCACCCAAGCGUAGAUCCAGGUGGGAUCAAGCGCCAACUCUCACAGCAGCAACACCAGUCGGGAACCAGGGCCUUGCAACUCCCGUACCUCAGGCUUCUGGGCCCGUUACUGUUCCUACAUUUGGAUCUGAUAUAUCUGCUCGCAAUGCGCCAUUAUCAGAUGAGGAGCUAGAUAUGAUGCUUCCCUCAGAGGGAUAUAAAAUUCUGGAACCACCACCUGGAUAUGCCCCGAUUCGAACCCCCGCCCGUAAACUUAUGGCUACACCUGCUCCCGUGCAAAGCGCCAGCGGCAUAGGAGGAUUCAUGAUGCAAGAACCUGAAAGUGUCCGCUCGAUGGGAAAGCAACUUCCAACUGAGAUCCCAGGCGUUGGUGACCUGCAGUUUUUUAAGGCUGAGGAUAUGACAUACUUCGGAAAGCUAGUGGAUGGCGCUGAUGAGAAUUCCAUGUCCGUUGAGGAGCUAAAAGAAAGAAAAAUAAUGAGGCUAUUGCUAAAAGUCAAGAAUGGAACACCUCCAAUGCGAAAGACGGCACUGCGUCAGCUCACUGAUAAUGCAAGGCAGUUUGGAGCUGGGCCCCUUUUCAAUCAAAUUUUGCCACUACUCAUGGAGAAAUCCCUCGAGGACCAGGAGCGGCAUUUACUUGUGAAGGUAAUUGAUCGCAUCCUUUACAAACUAGAUGACCUUGUUCGACCUUACGUACAUAAAAUUUUGGUCGUCAUCGAGCCCCUGCUCAUUGACCAGGAUUACUAUGCACGAGUGGAAGGUCGUGAGAUUAUCUCUAACCUAAGCAAAGCAGCUGGUCUUGCACAUAUGAUUAGUACUAUGCGUCCGGAUAUUGACCACGUUGACGAAUAUGUACGUAAUACCACCGCCAGAGCUUUUGCAGUUGUCGCUUCUGCCCUUGGUAUACCCGCGCUUCUUCCAUUCCUCAGAGCUGUUUGCCGAAGCAAGAAAUCCUGGCAGGCUAGGCACACUGGUGUUAAGAUUGUGCAGCAAAUUCCCAUCCUUAUGGGCUGUGCUAUCUUGCCUCAUCUCCAAGGCCUUGUCGACUGCAUUGGUGACAACCUCAGUGAUGAACAAGCUAAGGUACGGACAGUAACUAGCUUGGCUAUAGCCGCUCUUGCCGAAGCUGCAAAUCCAUAUGGUAUCGAAAGUUUCCAGGACAUCCUUGGCCCGCUCUGGAUGGGGGCAAGGAAACAGCGAGGCAAAGGUUUGGCUGGGUUUCUUAAGGCUGUUGGCUAUAUUAUCCCUCUAAUGGAUGAGGAGGGUGCAAAUUACUUCACCAGCCAAAUUAUGGAAAUUGUUCUCCGAGAGUUUUCGUCGCCAGAUGAAGAGAUGAAAAAGGUUGUCUUGAAAGUUGUUUCGCAAUGUGCAGGCACAGAUGGCGUUACAGCGGUUUACCUUAAGGAACACGUACUCCAAGACUUCUUCAAAAGUUUCUGGGUUCGACGCAUGGCUCUAGAUAAGAGAAACUACCGACAGGUGGUAGAGACAACAGUGGACCUAGGCCAGAAAGUUGGUGCUGGUGAAAUUCUUGAAAGGAUUGUCAAUAAUCUCAAGGAUGAGAGUGAGGCUUACCGUAAGAUGACCAUCGAAACGGUAGAGAAAGUUAUUGCCUCCCUUGGUGCCGCAGACGUCGGAGAGAGGCUCGAAGAAAGAUUGAUUGAUGGAGUUUUGUUCGCAUUUCAAGAACAAAGCGUCGAGGAUAUAGUGAUCCUCAACGGGUUUGGAACUGUUGUCAACGCUCUUGGUUCUCGUUGCAAGCCAUAUUUGCCUCAGAUUGUGAGUACAAUUCUGUGGCGACUAAACAACAAGUCUGCCACCGUACGACAGCAGGCAGCAGACCUCAUUUCACGGAUCGCAAUGGUUAUGAAACAGUGUGGUGAAGACGCCCUAAUGGGAAAGUUGGGAACCUUCCUUUACGAAUAUCUCGGCGAGGAAUACCCAGAGGUUCUUGGUUCUAUACUAGGCGCAUUACGUUCUAUCGUGACGGUUGUUGGUAUCAACCAAAUGCAACCACCCAUUCGGGACUUACUUCCUCGACUCACACCGAUUCUACGAAAUCGUCAUGAGAAAGUGCAGGAAAACACUAUAGAUCUCGUUGGUCGUAUUGCUGAUCGCGGUCCAGAAUCCGUGAACGCGCGAGAAUGGAUGCGAAUUUGCUUCGAAUUGCUUGACAUGUUGAAAGCUCACAAAAAGGGCAUUCGACGAGCCGCUAACAAUACCUUCGGUUUCAUUGCCAAGGCUAUUGGACCGCAAGACGUUCUCGCCACUCUUCUUAACAACUUGCGUGUUCAGGAACGUCAGUCUCGUGUCUGUACCGCAGUUGCAAUUGGUAUAGUCGCUGAGACUUGUGCCCCAUUUACGGUUCUUCCAGCUCUUAUGAAUGAAUAUCGCGUCCCCGAGUUAAAUGUGCAAAAUGGCGUGCUCAAGGCCAUGUCUUUUCUCUUUGAGUAUAUCGGUGAGAUGGCUAAAGACUAUGUUUACGCUGUGACUCCGCUUCUGGAAGACGCUUUGAUUGAUCGAGACCAGGUCCACCGUCAGACUGCGGCAAGCGUAGUAAAGCACAUUGCUUUGGGCGUGGUUGGACUCGGAUGCGAAGACGCAAUGGUCCAUCUGCUUAACCUUCUGUACCCGAACCUAUUCGAAACCAGUCCCCACGUUAUCGACAGAAUCAUCGAAGCUAUUGAGGCUAUUCGGAUGGCUGUCGGAACAGGUAUCGUCAUGAACUAUGCUUGGGCCGGCUUGUUCCAUCCAGCACGAAAAGUACGGACUCCUUACUGGCGGUUGUACAACGAUGCAUAUGUUCAAGGCGCAGACUCGAUGAUUCCUUACUAUCCUACAAUUGAAGAGGAUGGGCUAGGAAGGUGUGAGUUAGGCAUUAUCUUGUAA